AUGUCAUUGUCGAGGAACGACUCUGAGCUGAGGGCUGCAGCGUGGACCUCUUCCUGUUCCCCAGCCAGUACCUGGACAUCGCCACCAGGGGGAUGUGCCCGCGCACACCGGGGCGCCGUCUACAAGCAACUUCCAGGUGGAGACCGACGGGGGAACACGAAGGAUGUGGAGAAGCCCAUCGGGUUUGACGCCAUCAUGCGCGUCUGCACCAGCUCAGGCUUCCGGGCGACGGACUUCUUCGGCGGCGUGUACAUGAACAACACGACGGACGUGGAGCUGGCGGCGAUGGACUGUGACCACGCCAUCACCGUGGAGCUGAAGCACGACGACACGCUCAGCGAGGAGACGGGCGCCUUCAUGCAGGGUGCCUUGCUCUACACCACGGUCGGGGGCCAGAGGCGUCUGCGCGUCCACAACCUCAGUCUGAACUGCAGCUCCCAGCUGAUGGAGCUGUUCAAGAGCUGCGAGACGGACUCGCUCAUCAACUUCUUCUCCAAAACAGAUUGCAGAACAUAUGCAACAGCGCCCCCUGGGGUCGCAGAAUUCGGAGCUGAUCGCCUACGGUGGACCUGGGGUGAGUGCCUCUCACCUGACCCCCCCCUAGAUAGGUUAGAUUGCACUCACCAAGUUCAGCACAGAACGUACAUAGGUUACGGGUAAUAACGAGCUAAAGUUUAAAAUAUAAUUUACAAUUCACAUUGAUUAUUGUAAUGUAUUCUGAUUCCAGGGAGAGCAAUUCUCCCACACAGUCAUUCCCACUCACCCAUUCAGAAUGACUGUUUGUGCAAAUUAAUUAUUGUGAAUUAAGUCAUUCACACAUGGGUUCGAUUCCGGCCUAGGGCUAGGCCGGAAUCGAACCUAUGUCUCCAGAACCGAUAGGUAACAGCUCUACCACCUGCGCCACAUAGGCACCAGCUAGUGAAUGGUGUGAGGUUAUAAUUGACUUUCCAGUUCACUUGAUUAUUGUAAAAUAUUUUGAGUCCAGGGAGAGCAAUUUUGGUGUGAGUUGAACCCAUGAGGAGCACGUGUCUCAA